AUGCCUUACGGUUGCGGACCUUGUGGCUUCACCUGCGUAUCGCAGUGCCCCCCGCAGUGCGCAGUCAUCCAGCCACCUCCCUUCUUCAUCACCUGCCCAGGACCCAUCCUCAGCUCCUCCAAUGAUAGUUUGGCUGUGGACUGGAAUGCCCCCUGUGGCUACGGCAGUGGUUGGGGCUAUGGAGGCUAUGGGGGCUAUGGGGGCUAUGGGGGCUAUGGGGGCUUUGGAGGGUACAGAGGGUACGGACGGUACGGAGGCUUUGGCAACUGGGGAUGGGGUGUGAGAUACGCAUCUGGCACAGGAGUCAGGGAUUAG